AUGAGCUCACCUGCGCAAGCCGGGCCUUCGGUCCCGAAGGAGAAGAAGGGUUUGGGAAAGAUCUUGUCUAGGGCCAAGACUGUUUUCAAGAGAGGCGAUGGCUCCUCCAAGCGGAUGUCCACUCUGUCCACCGCCGGGCAGCAGCCUCCCGCGCAGUCCACUACUCCUGGCCAGACUCAGACCCCCGCCGCCGAGACCGCUGCUCCCAAGGAAACCUCGAAGGAAACCCCCAAGGAGCCCACCAAGAGCAAGUACGAGGACAUGGAGGGCGUCGUGAAGGUGCCCCGUUCCGAACUCUUCGAAGAGCGCGCCAGGAAGUUGGGCGAGAGAUUCGGCCUCGAGAUCAAGCAGAGCGAAUGGAUUUCCACCGAGGGCACCGCUCUCCGCGUCGAGAAGCCCAUCCGCAUGCGUGUUCACCGAACCUGCCACAAGUGCAACGCGACCUUCGCCGCCGCCAAAGAGUGCCCCAGCUGCCAGCACGUCCGUUGCACCAAGUGCGUCCGUCACCCGCCCAAGCGAACCGAGGCCGAGCGCAUCGCCAGCCGCGAGAAGCGGGCUGCCAUCCUCAAGGCCCAGAAGGAGAACGCACCCAUCGUUCCCGACUACUCGUACGACGCCAAGGAUGCGAAGGAUAUCGUUUUGAAGCGCCCCAGCAAGACUGGCGGCCAGGAUCUCAUUUACAAGAAACCGAGACAGAGAGUUCGCAGAACUUGCCACGAGUGCCAGACGCUCUUUGUUGCCGGCAGCAAGACUUGCUCCAAGUGCGCCCACAACCGUUGCACCGACUGUCCCAGAGACCCGCCCAAGAAGGACAAGUAUCCGUUCGGAUACCCCGGCGACGAGUUUGGGCCGAAUGCUGUGCCGCAUCACGAAUGCUACAAGUGCAAGACGAUAUACCCUGGCGGCGCAGAAGACGGCACCGAGUGCAAGAAGUGUGGUCACCAGAAGGACGCCAACUGUCCUCGCCUGAAGCCACGCAAGGUCGAACCGGAACCAGACCCGGAAAUCCUCAAGAGCAUACAGGCCAAAAUCGAGGCGCUAAAACUCAAGUAA